AUGGCAACUGCUGGCGGCCUCUACGUGCACUCGGACUCCGGGGCUCCGGCCGGCUGCGAUGACUAUACGACCCUCAUCAUAGUACACGGAUAUGUCUGGCACGCAGGCACCUUCGCUAAGCUGCAGCCGCUUGCAGCUACGCACGGAGUCCGUAUCAUCGCGCUCAACCGCCGAGAAUAUCCAGGAUCGGUCCCAUACACCGCCGAGGAGCGCGCUCUCCUACCGCCCGUGCCCGACGAGCCGCUCACCGACGUGGCGCAGAUCCGCUCCAACCAGCAGAUGCUGCAGAUGUUUAUGCGCGAUCGCGGGUACGAGUUGUACCAGUCCAUCGAGGGCCUCGUCGUCGAACACAACCUCCCCGCUGCGUCCCAGACUGGCGGCAUAGUACUCGUGGGGUGGUCCCUCGGCGCAACGUGGAUGAUGUCGCUUCUCAAGCACAUCGCAGAGUUCCCUAUUGGCGCUGUCAACCUGCGCGACUAUGUUCGGCGGGUCAUCUUAUCCGACCCUCCUUCCUGUCUUCUCGGGUACCCUUAUCCGGCCCAGGAUCCUUGGAACCCAUUCUUCGAUACUUCGCUCACGUACGAGGAACGCGGUCAGGUCUUCACUAACUGGAUCACUUCCUACUUCGCGCACGGACCCACGCUGGACACAUAUGAGCGGCGCCACGCGCUGCAGACGCCCCCCUCCACCAUCGCAGCCCAGACUAAGGAGGACUUCGAGGCGACCGUGCACGUCCCGCCCGGUGUCCCGGGCGGCUCGGACUGGACGCUUCUCCACGGCUGCGCUGCAUACGGUGUCUACGGCACGCUCCGCGAAGGCGCGCUCUUCCUCUCGCAGCCGGAUGAUAGCGGGGAAAAGACAAUUGGCGACGAAUGGCGCGAUGUCGAAUUGCGCUAUGUGUGGGGCGAUCAAUCGGUCUGGGAGGUCCCGUAUGCGGCCCAGCUGUUGCGCCAGGAGGUGGCGGACGGGGCGAGGGAGGGGAAGCCGAUCAGGAAAUUCACCUCGUUGUGCGUCAAGGGGACGAACCAUUUCGCACAGUGGGACGCUCCCGAGCGCACGCUCCAGGCGUUCCUAGCCGAGCCACAGGGAUGUGAUGCUUGAAGUUUUGACAACGUUCCCAACUUAUGUAUGUCCCUUGGUAAAGUGUAGAUAUCGUUAGUAUCAGUCUGCUGCGCCGUCAGACGAUAUCAACCGGCCUCAGCCAGAACGGGCUUCUUGGUCUUCGAACAUGUGCGUCACUGCGUUGCUUUUACCGCUCAAAUCUGGGGGUUCGACGAGGGUACGAACAAAGGACGAACGCCCUAUGUCGUAACUGUCAUGCGCCGCCACCGUGACGGAAUAAAGUCCUUG